AUGGGGCCCACUCUAAGUUCACUCCGAUCCCGCUGGUCUCAUCCCCAACUGCGGAAGCCAGUCUCAGGGCGAGCGGAGAGGGACCUUGAGCCCAAGCUCCAGGAUUUGAAGUCUUUUAUAGAACCUCUGAUAACAUCCUUUGCCGAAGAGAUUGGUUAUUCUCCUCUCAAGACUACUAGCAACGAUGCCUUAUGGAAGGCCAUGCGUGCACAUGCAGACAGCAUAGGUGUACCCUAUGAAGAAGGGACGCACUCAUGGCUGAUGUUUAAGGUUGGAUAUGUAUACCCAGUCGUCUGUUUCCCUCAUCACCCAUUCGAAGUUCAGCUCUAUAUCGGAAUAUACUCAUGGCUCGGCCUUCUCCUCGAUGACCAAACCGUGGAUUAUCUUGAAGAGUUUUCAUUGUUUCAUGAACUGUUCUGCGCAGAUGAAAAACAGUCCAUCCCCCUGCUACAAGCUUGGGCAGAUCUCAUGAAACUAACUUUGAAGUAUUGGGAUCCGCUUAUUGCCAACUUCAUCAUCACUGCAUCCCUCAACUUCCUCAACUCUAAUGCUCUUGAAGCCCGUGAUGAGUUCCAUACGAUAGAGCGUACAAAAGCUGGUCGAAGCUGGGCAUGGUUCCUUCGAGAAAAGCACGGCGUUGGAGAAGCAUAUGCUUGGUUCACGUUCCCGAAGACACCUUGCCCUGACAUUUCACUUUUCCUGGAGGUGGUGCCAGACCUCUCCAUAUGGAUUGGACUUACGAACGAUGUACUAUCUUUCUACAAAGAGGAAAUGGCUGGCGAGACUCAUAACUAUAUCCAUAACAGGGGAUGGUAUGAAGACAAAGACCCAGAAUCCGUCUUUGCAGAGAUAGUAGAUGAUAUAACUACAAAAGCCCAGCAAAUACGACUUGUACUGAAAGGUCGAGAGCCAUAUCUCAAUCUACUGAACACUCACCUCCUCGGAUACAUUGCAUUUCACAACCUGAACAGCCGUUAUAGACUUUGGGAAGUUGGCCUAGGGGAAGAUGCCACGGACCAAACUGUGCUGGGGUCUUAA